AUGACACCAGCUAAACUCGAAACCUAUAUUGACUACAAAGAAAUUUAUAAAGCAAUUAGAUUUGCAUAUGAUGAAAAUAUAAGCUUUGGUGUGAACGUGAAAGACACAAUAUUCUCGCUUUCGGAGAAGGGCUGGGACGUGGAGAAAGGGAUACAAACCCUAGCUGAUAUGGGUCUCAUCUCUAUAUCUAGGGAAAGAGGAAUCAUCAUGCAUUGUUUGGUACGCUUAAUGUCUACAAACCCUAGCUGUUCUAUUUUCUAUCUUGUGGACACAAACAUAUGUUGUGUUUGGUUCCUACAUUUGUAUUUAGAGAAUUUGCCCAACCAAACAUUUCUCACCAUAAGGAAAAAAAAGAAAACGUAA